CGUUAAUUAAUGAUUAAAGUAUAAAAUGUCGACUAAAUCAAAGAACAGUCCAAACAUCCCUUACAGCGAUGUCGCUAUUAGAAACAAUUUUUCUGUGGUAGAGUAUUGUAGGACGUCUAUGGCCGCACUUUCAGGCUGCACAGCAGGUUUAUUGGGAUUAACGGGCUUGUACGGCGCAUUUUUCUUCGUAUUCUCAGUGGUCAGUUUAUGGUUAAUGGUCUUAGGAAAGGCAGGAUUCAGUACAUGGAACAAAUACUUCAUCUCACGUAAACCCCUGUUAACCAAUAGCAUUUAUGGCCAACUAUUCACGUACAUAUUAUUCUGGACUUUUUUCUACGGCAUGGUCCAUGUAUAUUAGCUAAUUUAUUAAUAAAAUAAUUCAUAAAAAAGCCA